UUCACUUCAAGCUAACACUCCUCGCUAGGGUUUGUGGUUGAGGAAAACCGGUCAUUUUUAUCCAAAACAAUGGCGUCCAAAACCCUAAUUCGAACCGGAGCUUCACUGAUGAACCGCAUGUUCUUAUCGAAUCCGAUUCUCCACCAAAACCCUAAGGCCAAUGCUCAAAUUGUAUCUCACAGCUUUCAAAUCACUCCUCAGCUAUUUCCUUCUCCCUCUAAAUUGCAAACCUCUUACGAUUUGCCCCAAAAUGAUGCCCAUUCCGUUAAUAAACUUGCCAAAGAAGAGUUUUUCCAUCCCUUUGGUCUCCCUUCUCUCCGCUUCUUCUUGCCGGACGGUGAUUCAUCAAGUGAGCCAAUGCUCUUAUUCCCUAAAAGGACAUUCCAACCCAGCCUCAUCAGGCGUAAGAGAAAUCAUGGUUUCUUUGCGCGGUUUGUGUGAUUAAUGCAAUUUGGUGUAUGAGCAGCAAGGCAACCAAGGGUGGUAGGAGAGUCAUUGCUCGAAGAAUAGCAAAAGGUAGGUCAAGGAUUACUGCUUAGCAUCUGUCAUCACAUUGGUCGAGUAAUAAAUUUUGCUUGCAGAAGCCGCCGUUGUUCAUGGUAUGACCAAGGAAAUUAGAGAAGACCUUUGCCCCAUUUUGGUGGCUCAGCCUACCCCAAAUGCCUUGUAGGAUUACGACGCAGUUUACAUCUUUCAUUUGCUUACUUUAUGAUUUUUCUUUUCCAUAUAAAUAUUUGUAUGAAUUUUGAUGAAACUCGAGAAUGUUGUGAAGAUAUAUGCAUCUUGAUAUGGUCUGCAGAA